CUUCCUUCACACGGCUCCUGUCGCAGACAUCUACUACGCCAACAACAACAGGCUGACGACAGUCACCUGCGAUUUGCAAGCAUGGCGAUCGCAUCAGCUACGGCUGCCGAGAAGGGCAAAUCCGACCCUAUCGUCACGCGGAUUGCCAACGAGGACAAGAAGAUGUUCUACCAGAAGCCGAACCUCUUGUUCCUCUAUCUGAUGCUCUUCCCGACAUGCAUGGGCAUCGAGCUGACGUCCGGGUUUGAUUCCCAAAUGAUCAACGCCCUUCAGAUUGUUCCGGCCUGGGACGAGUAUUUCGACAAACCCCAAGGCUCGCUCAAAGGCAUUAUUGCCGCCUCCUACUCGCUCGGUGCCAUCUUGUCGCUGCCCUUCAUCCCCAUCAUCAACGACCGCUUCGGCCGCCGCUGGUCCAUCUUCGGCGGCUCCCUCGUCAUGGUCUGCGGCGCCAUCAUCCAGGGAUUCGCACAGCACGUCGCCAUGUACAUCAUCGCGCGCAUGAUUCUCGGCUUCGGCAUCCCGACGUGCAUCGUCUCAGGCUCCUCGCUGAUCGGCGAACUGGCGUACCCCAAGGAGCGGGCCGUGCUGACCUCUCUGUUCAACGUCUCCUAUUUCAUCGGACAGAUCGUGGCCGCCGCCAUCUGCUUCGGCACCAACAACAUCACAUCCGACUGGGGCUGGAGGAUCCCUUCGCUCCUGCAGAUCUGCCCUUCGCUGCUGCAAAUCACCUUCGUCUUCUUCCUCCCGGAGAGCCCCCGCUGGCUCAUCACGAAGGACCGAGGCGAGGAGGCCCGGGCGAUCCUGGCCAAGUACCACGGAGAAGGCGACCGCGGCGAGGAGUUUGUUGCGGCCGAAUUUGCGCAGAUGCAGGCCACCAUCCGGCUCGAGAUGGAGACGUCCAAGAAGUCGUGGAUGGACCUUGUCAGGACGCCCGGCAUGCGUCGCCGUCUGCUGAUCAGCUCCAUGCUCGGCCUGUUCACGCAGUGGUCCGGCAACACGCUGAUCUCGUACUACCUGGGCGACCUGCUGAAGAUGAUCGGCUACACCGAGACCAUCUGGAUCCAGAAGAUCAACGUCAGCAUUGCCUGCUGGAGCUUGUUCUGCGGCGUCGUCGUCUCCCUGCUCGUGGUCCGGAUCCGCCGCCGCGUCAUGUACCUGAUGUGCACCUGCAGCCUGCUCCUCUGCUACAUCGCCUGGACCAUUUCGAUGCAGAAGGCCCAGACCGGCAAGGAGACCGGCCACAUCAACAACGCCGCCAACGUCGCCACGCUCUUCUUCAUCUACGCCUACUCGCCCUGCUAUAACAUGGGCUACAAUGCCUUGACCUACACCUACAUGGUCGAAGUUUGGCCGUACGCCGAGCGCUCCAGCGGCAUCGCCAUCUUCCAGCUGUUCGGCCGUCUCGCUGGCUUCUUCACCACCUUUGUCAACCCCAUCGGCCUCAAGGACGUCGGUUGGCGCUAUCUCAUCUCGUACUGCGCCUGGCUAGCCUUCGAAGUGGUUUUUGUCUACUUCAUGUUCCCCGAGACCUUCGGCCGCACCUUGGAAGAGCUCGCCUUCAUCUUCGAGGACAAGGCGCUCGCGGACAAGGCCGUUGCCGCGGUCGAGAAGGUGGUUAACCACGGGGAGGGCUACGAGAGGCCCAGCGGGGAGCAAAAGAGCCCUACCGCUGAGGCCAGGGAGCAUACCUCUGCCGUCUGAGCAGCCUACCAUGGUGAUGAUAUGGUUGUGGAGUACCUGACUGUGUUACCUUACUUCCUGAUCGUUAGUCCCAGGUUGUUUGAGGGGAGUGCUUGAACAAAUUGAGAUCUUUCGGGUCGACUUAGGGGUUGUACUAUCCGAAAGUUGUCGUCAGGUCUCAUGGGUUCCCUUCCCUUACUGGCAGUAAAGAUGUGUUAUGGUACUCUAAGACGAAUCUAACCUGCACCAUGAAGCUCUAAGUUAGCGUCUCUGAGUAAUUCCACGGAAUGGUCCCCUGCGUAA